GGCGGCAUCGUGAUCUCGCCGUUCCGGCUGGAGGAAUUGACGAACCGCCUGGCCUCGCUGCAGCAGGAAAACAAGGUACUCAAGAUCGAGCUGGAGACCUACAAACUCAAGUGCAAGGCGCUGCAGGAGGAGAACCGCGACCUACGCAAGGCCAGCGUCACCAUCCAAGCAAGGGCAGAGCAGGAAGAGGAGUUCAUCAGUAACACUCUGUUUAAGAAGAUUCAAGCUUUGCAGAAGGAGAAAGAGACGCUUGCUGUAAACUAUGAGAAGGAAGAGGAAUUUCUCACUAAUGAGCUGUCAAGAAAAUUGAUGCAGUUACAGCAUGAGAAGGCUGAACUGGAGCAGCAUUUGGAACAGGAACAAGAGUUUCAAGUAAACAAACUAAUGAAGAAAAUUAAAAAACUGGAAAAUGAUACUAUUUCUAAGCAACUCACUUUGGAGCAGCUAAGGCGUGAGAAGAUUGACCUGGAAAAUACAUUGGAGCAAGAACAGGAAGCAUUAGUGAAUCGCCUGUGGAAGAGAAUGGAUAAACUUGAAGCAGAAAAACGAAUCUUGCAGGAGAAGUUAGAUCAGCCAGUAUCUGCUCCACCAUCACCAAGAGACAUAUCGAUGGAGAUAGAUUCUCCAGAAAAUAUGAUGAGACAUAUCAGAUUUUUAAAGAAUGAGGUGGAGAGGUUAAAGAAACAACUACGAGCUGCACAGUUACAGCAUUCGGAGAAGAUGGCGCAAUAUUUAGAGGAGGAGCGGCAUAUGAGAGAAGAGAACUUACGGCUCCAAAGAAAAUUGCAGAGGGAGAUGGAGCGAAGGGAAGCAUUAUGCAGACAACUAUCAGAAAGUGAAUCCAGUUUAGAAAUGGAUGAUGAAAGAUAUUUUAAUGAGAUGUCUGCACAAGGAUUAAGACCUCGCACUGUUUCCAGUCCAAUCCCUUAUACACCCUCACCAAGUUCUAGCAGGCCUAUAUCACCUGGUCUAUCAUAUGCAAGUCACACAGUUGGUUUUACACCACCAACUUCACUGACUAGAGCUGGAAUGUCUUAUUACAACUCCCCAGGCCUUCAUGUGCAGCAUAUGGGACCAUCUCAUGGUAUUACAAGGCCAUCACCACGAAGAAGCAACAGCCCUGACAAAUUUAAGCGUCCCACUCCACCUCCUUCUCCAAACACGCAGACCCCGGUGCAGCCACCACCUCCUCCUCCUCCACCACCACCACCACCACCACCACCACCACCUGUGCAGCCUAUGGCUCAAUCAACAGCGUUGCAGUCGUCCACUUUUCAGCAUUCAGUGCAUCCCUCCUCUCAGCCUUAGUGCAUGUGCUCAGCAAUCUGUAUUCAAAUUUGGACUCAUAACACAGAGCAGUUUACUAAAAGCCAAAGGCUUACUUGGCGUAUUUGG